UAUUCGUUUUCUCAUCUCUCUCUCGUCUCUUUGUUUUAUUAUGUUAUUAGGGCAUUCAUCUUCUUUAGUUCACCUGUUGCCCGGGAAUUGGUUAAUCACAUAAAGAAGGAUGCAAGUGUUUUAUCUCGCAUUGGUGCUUUGAGAGAGAUGAACUUGGAGUAUUUUGCAAUAGAUAGCCAGGGUUUUAUCACUGACAAUGAGAGAGCUCUUGAGGUACUCUUUGGGGAUGAAGAAAAUUCUCGCAAAGGAGAUGCAUGUCUAAAUUUGAUGGCAACCCGAAUAGCUACAGUCUUUGCAUCAUUGCGGGAGUUUCCCCUUGUGCGCUACCGAGCUGCCAAAUCCCUUGAUCCUAAUACAAUGACAACAUUUCGCGAUCUAAUUCCUACAAAGCUUGCUGCUGGCAUUUGGAACUGUCUUAUGAAAUAUAGAUCCAACCUUCCUAACUUCCCUCAAUCAGAGACAUGCGACCUGCUUAUCCUGGAUAGAUCAAUAGACCAGAUCGCUCCAGUCAUACAUGAAUGGACAUAUGAUGCCAUGUGCCAUGAUUUACUGAAUAUGGAUGGAAACAAAUAUGUACACGAGGUUGCUAGCAAAACUGGUGGUGUUCCUGAAAGGAAAGAGGUUCUUUUGGAGGAUCAUGACCCUAUCUGGCUAGAGCUCCGCCAUUCACAUAUAGCUGAUGCUAGUGAAAGAUUGCACGAGAAGAUGACAACUUUUGUAUCAAAAAAUAAAGCUGCACAAAUCCAUGGUUCAAGGUUGUAUGUAGUUAUGUAUAAUUUAAGAUCUUUGGUUUACUGUUGUCUGAAAUGCAGUUAGUAGGAAUCUUCUAUUGACUUUUAAUCUGUAACAUUUCUGAGAAUUAUACUCCU